AUGAUGGUGGUUAGAACUCAUUUCCAAGCCACAGUCAUCAGAUCAUCACAUAUUCAAGAAAGAGAAAACACUCUCAAUCUCAGGUUCAAAUGUGUUUGCAAACACUGGCUAGACCUAAUUUCUCAGCCUUCAUUUUCCUGUUUCUAUUGCUCACGUAUGCUCACAGCCAGUGCAUUGUCAUCAUCCUUACUUUUCAGAAUUUCGUAUAGGUACAUUUAUGUGUUGAAAGUCACAGAAGUUCUUGAUGGAUUCCGUCACGAGACAUACAAUUCCUCAAAAUUCUCGGUCCUUUACUCUUUCAAAAAAAAAAAAAGAAUGUUAAACCCUAGAUUCUGGGAACUCGCAGAAAAUGAAGGAGAUGAGCUAUGCACUCCAAGUGUUCGAAGAAAUGCUAGUUUUUUUAGUUUGGUCCCAAAAUGUCCUCUUUCACUUGCUAAAGAUUUAGGCUUCCAACUACUCUUUGAUGAUAUUGAUAUCACAAUGCCAGUAACAAAUGUUCAACCUGAUGAUGAUAAACUGGAAGAACUUGUGGUUCGCGAGUGUGUUGCUGAAAAUGAAGAUAAACCCAAGUGUGCUGCUGAAAAUGAAGAGCUUGUUCAGCACGAAUAUAAUCCACAUCAGCAUCAACAUCAACAUCCUCCUCCUAGUUAUCUUGCUCCUCCUCCUCCGUCUCCAAGUGAGUAUCAACCUCAUACCUGUCAUGCCACUGCAGUGGAAUAUGAAACCCAUGCUUAUCCAGUUCCUUCACACGCAUCAGGUCAAGAUUCGUAUGCACAACCAGUUGCAGUUGCAGCCACACGUGGUGUGGUGGAUGUGUACCAAGCAUACGGUGGGGUUGCAAGCGGACAAACCCUUCCUGUUCAGGUUUUGUUCAAGAAUCUGAAUGUUGAUUUGAAGGAAGUAAGCCCAUCAUCCCUUUUUAUGGACAAAGUUAGAGAAGUUGAAGGAAACCCUGAUUUUUCCAACAAGAUGUCGGGUCAACUCAACAACCACCAAUGAUCUAUGAGUGGAGUUGUAAGUGUUGUAAUAGGAGGAGUUAGUAGGUAUUUAGACAUGCAUACCAAAGAUAACAAGUAUUGGCUUUAUCUCAUAAACAAUGUCUCAAAACCCAAGUUCCCCUUCCUAUUUCACUUACAGGCCCUUUUAGUUGGUUUAGCAUCUGUGUUGGUGUACCUAUCAACAUCUCAUAGAACAGAAAACUGUGAACUUCAACAUCUCUAA